AUGGCACGACAAAGAGGCCUCUCAAAUGCCUCCUCCGCCUCCUCCGUCCCAGACCAGGAGCUGGGGAGUAUGUACGACUACCUAGCGAAGAUCAUCCUCCUAGGACCCAGCGGUGCCGGAAAAUCCUGUGUCCUACACCGAUUCGUCAAAGAAGAAUGGCGGGUCCUCUCCUCCCAGACCAUCGGCGUUGAAUUCGCCUCACGGAUCGUGAAACUCGGCACCGGCCCUCGCAGACGCCGCAUCAAGCUCCAACUCUGGGACACCGCAGGCACAGAGCGCUUCCGCUCCGUCUCCCGCUCUUACUACCGCGGCGCAGCGGGCGCAGUCCUGAUCUACGAUGUCGCCUCGUACGCCUCCUUCGCUUCCCUCCCGACCUUCCUAAUGGACGCCCGUGCCCUGGCAUCCCCCAACCUAUCCGUCAUCCUGGCGGGUAACAAAGUCGAUCUCGCAGACGAGGAUCGCCCUCCGCCCACGCCCUCCAGCGUCUCCAGCCGUGUCUCAUCCAUCCCCUGGGAGAAUGGAUCGAUUCGAUCGAGUCCCGGGACGAGAUUGACGGCUACGCGCGCGGAAAGAGAUGUUAGUUCAGAGGAGACAUCACACUGGGCUGCCAAGUCCAAUAUCCCCGUUGCGGUGGAGGUGAGUGCUCUGACGGGGGAUGGGGUGGAGGAGAUAUUCAAUCGGUUGGCUAGGAUCAUUCUCACGAAGAUUGAACUCGGGGAGAUUGAUCCAGAUGAUCCCUCCAGUGGGAUUCAGUAUGGAGAUGGAGGACUAUAUCAUGGGAGCGAUGAAAGUAUUCGGAGUCGGGCUACGGACGACAAUUCCAUGCCCAUGCGCAGGAGGAGGGCGGGAAGACCGCCAUCGGGGAAUGGAUGGAAAGGGGGCAUGAGGGAGUGGGAGGAUGUGUUUCGCUUGGGCUCAAGCCGAAGAAACCAGGGCUGCUGCUGA